AUGGAAGCAGCCAUUACAUACAAGAAGAACAACCCAUCCGAGAGCCUGCGUAAAGUGGCAGCUCGGUUCAACGUCUCUCAUGUCACUCUCCAUGAUCGACUCAAUGAGACACAUCUCCCAUCCGGUAUUCGCACUGUCCGUCGUCUCUCUGUCAUCCAGGAGGAGGCUAUAUUGGCAAAGAUCAACCAAUAUGCAUACCGAGGUACUCUCCUAACUCCAAGACAUGUUCGACACUUCGCACAAUCCUUGUCCACUGCAACUCUUGGUAUCAACUGGACUUCAACUUUCCUCAGCCGUCAUCGCGAUCGAGUUUCGUCAAAAUUCUACCGUGUACAGGAGAUUGCAAGGAUCCAGGCCAAUACUUCAGAAAACAGGGUCGCGUUUUUAACCCUGGUAAAAGAAACACUCGAGACUGGUGAUUUUCGACCUGAAAACAUCUACAAUGUCGAUGAGGUUGGCUUUGAUCUGUCUGGAUCUCGAAAGAUACGCAGAGUUGGUCCUCGAGACGCUCCAAUCAAGUCUCAAGCUGCCCUGUCAGAUGCCAUACAUAUCACUGUUGUCGCUACCAUCUCCACCUCUGACACACCUGUCCCUCCCUUCAUCAUCUACCCUGGGACAUACCUCAUGCAAGAUUGGACAAGAGUCCGUGAUCCUACUCCCAAUCAGCUGGCUACCAUCACCAAUAGCGGCUACAUCAACACUUAUACAAUGCAGCAAUGGCUUACGGAGUGCUUCGAUCCCUUCACCCGUGAUCGUGCGGCCGGGAACCCUGGUCUCCUGAUUUUGGACGGUCAUGAGACUCAUACAAACAUCGACUUCUUGGACGCUUGUUGGGACAGGAACAUCAUCUGCCGUAUCCUCCCUGCUCACUUGUCUGGUGUCUUUCAACCACUUGAUGUCAACUUCUUUAACGAUCUCAAGCUCAGAUACUACGAAGAGAUCAGCGACUAUCAGCUUGGAUGUCACAAACUACGUCGUGACACCUCGAUUACUCCACCAACAAUGACCCUCCUUUGA